AUGCCUGCCAAGACCAAGACCACGGCGGCUGUGGCCACCAAGCCAGUGGUAGCCUCUCCUUCUUCCCAGCAGAUCGGCGUGGCCGCAUCGAACAUCGACCAGGCGCAGGUGCUCAAGGCGUUCAGUGCGCUGGCUGCGCACAUUGCGCGACGCAAUGGCGCCUCGUCGUCCGACUUGCCUCUGGACGGGCCACAGGGUGAUGUGCGCGAUGCGAGCAAUGCGGUGUACCUGCAGAUGACGCUGAACACGCUCCAUCCCACGUCGCACGUCAAGCCGGUGCGCAUCAAUCUGCCGCACGGGCUGCACACGCCCGGCUCGACGUCGGUGUGUUUGCUGGUGAAAGACCCGCAGCGCGAGUACAAGGACCUGCUCGUGCAGCACAACAUCCGAUGCAUCGACCGUGUUGUUGGAGUCACCAAGCUCAAGGGAAAGUUCAAGCCCUUCGAUGCAAGGCGGGCGCUUGUGCAGGAGCACGACAUGUUCCUUGCUGAUGCACGAAUCGUCCCUACCCUCCCCAACCUGUGCGGCAAGGUGUUUUUCGAUGCCAAGAAGAACCCCAUCACCGUCAACAUCCAGAAGAACGGCGAUGCGCUCAAGGCCGAGCUGGAGUCGGCGAUCAAGGCGACCACGUAUACCCAGAACAAGGGCAGCUGUACAUCCAUCAAGCUCGGCUUCCUCGCCAGCCACACGCCCGAACAGCUGACCGACAACCUCAUGGCCGCCCUGCCCGCCGUCCUUUCGCGCGUCAAGGGCGGUUGGGAGAAUGUGCACAACCUCGACGUCAAGACGGGCAAUUCCGCCGCUUUGCCCAUCUGGAACGCCAAACUCGGCCUCAAGACCAACGUCUCCCCCUCCAAACCCCUCGCACCCGAAUCCACACCAGACAAGAAGCAGAGCAAGAUGGACAAGGUCGAGACGCCAAACAAGUCGGUCUCGCCACGAAAAACCCGCGCUGCUGCUGCAAAGGCCGUCCAGGCCGCCGACAAGCCUCAACCCAAAUCGACCACCAAAAAGUCGGCCUCGUCUACUACCCGUGCUGCACGCAAGACAAAGUAG